CGGGCAGUCUGACGCUGACUCUGGUGAAUGCAGAGGUAAAAUGAGUCGUUUUGGUUCGUCGCUAUUUACUGGGAUUAUUUAUUACUUUUUAUUGCCGUUUGGUGAUUCACAUCUGAUUCCUGAAAGACGCUACAGUAAAAAGUGUUCUUCAAUCGGCUGAUCGGUAACAAUAACAAGGCGAUAUUUAAUAAACUGCAGCGUGUCAAUCCCGGAGAGAGGGAGUCGGGAAAAUGCCGAAAUCCAAGAAGCGGAACAACAAGGGAGGUAGACAGCAGCGAGCAGUGCAGCCUUUCAGUGAUGAGGAUGCGUCCAUUGAAACAAUGAGCCACUGCAGCAGCUUCAGUGAUUCAACCAGCUUGGCUGAUGAAGCUAUUGAAGACGGUGACGAAGAAGCAAGCCAAGAGGAUUAUGAAUAUAAACUGAGAGGAUUGAUUGACAACACCCUUGAUAAAAGUGCAAAGGUCAGAUUGUGUGCUCUAGAAGGACUGAAGUCUGCAUUCUCGUCUAAAAUCCUUUAUGACUUUAUUCUGGAAAGAAGGGUGACCUUAACUGACAUUAUUGAACGUUGUCUGAAAAAAGGCAAAACAGAAGAACAGUGUAUUGCUGCCCAAGUUGCUUCUCUUCUUUGCAUUCAGCUGGGAUCUAGCAUUGAAAGUGAAGAGGUCUUCAAAAGUUUGAGGCCCAUUUUCAAGAUCAUCCUUACUGAUGAAUCAGUCAGUGUACAAACACGAAGAGCUUGUGCUACCAGUUUGGCUGUUUGCUGCUAUGUUGCAGCUGAUGAUAUAGAGGAUCUGCAUUUAACGAUGACCUAUCUUGAGAGUGUCUUCACUACAUCCUAUCAGAAGGAGGUUCAGACAGAUUGCUUUCGCAAUGCCCAAACGACAAGUUUGGGCAUCAGCACUUUGGUAGCAUGGACAUUGCUGCUAACCAUUUGUCCACCUUCUCUCAUGAAGAAGAUAUUUGAAAUCCAUUUGACCAAACUUCCCAGUCUUCUUUCUUGUGGUGAUGUGAACAUGAGGAUUGCUGCUGGCGAGACAAUGGCUGUGCUGUUUGAGUUGGCCAGGGAUCUGUGUGAUGAUUUUGAAUAUGAAGAUAUGGAUUACUUGUGUGGAAAGCUGAAGGGUCUGGCUACAGAUGGCAACAAAUAUCGAGCUAAAACAGACAGGAAGAAACAGCGUUCUGUAUUUAGAGAUGUUUUGAAGACUGUAGAAGAGGGAGACUUUGACCCUGAAACCAUUACAUUUGGUCCUGAAUGCAUGUAUAUUGAUAGCUGGGUUAAAAAGCGUACUUAUGAAACAUUCAAGGAAUUGCUUGCAUCUGGUAUAAGAUUCCAUCUACAGGCUAAUGAAUUUGUCCGCAGUGUCUUUGAGCUAGGACCACCAUUGCUGCUUGAUGCUGCUACACUCAAAGCAACCAAAACAUCUCGUGUUGAGCGGCACUUUUACAAUGCUGCUGUUUGUAAAGCUAGAACUAAGGCCAGGAACAAAUUCCGUGACAAGAGAGCAGACAUCGGAGAAUAUGUUUAAAUUCCUGACAAAAUUCCAUGGGAGGUUUCCUCUGCCCUAAGUGUAACUAUUACAUUUGAUCUUUGUUAGAUGUAGCAAAUGGAGGAAAUCUCUGUAUCCUUCCCUGAUGCAUGCACACACUAGAACUCUUCCUUCAAACCCAUCAUCAGUGUUUGCUUCACUUCACUUUCCAAUCACUUCUGUAUAUCAAAUAACCGCUGAAACCUAAGUAUAGUGGAUUUCUCUUUAUUUUGUAACUGAACUUUGCACAGAUAGGAAUGAUGCUAUUUAAUUUGUACAAGACUUUAAUUGGUGUAAGUAAACUUUUGUAACUCCAACUUGAUUUAGUUAUAAUCAAGUAUUCAUGUUUAAUGUGACUGGAUUUUAAAAUUUAUAAUGUAAACAUUGUAUCCACUUUGUGCUGACUGUCUAUUUAAUAAAUAAAUGCAUUCAAAAACU